AUGCAUUCCCACCACGUGUAUUCCCUGGCGCUGUUGGGAGCGGGUCGUCACUGGGAGGCCAUCGGGGGCUUCAAGGCCGUGCUGCUGCUCUCACCACAUCACCACAACGCACUCGCUCACCUGGUUCGUACCGCUGUGCUGUGCUCUACCAAUCCGCCCUGUGCUUCUCCAUGCCAGUGCCAGCACUACAACCCUGACACACCCCGCCUCUCCUCUCCCCUCACACCCAAACCCUCCCCCAUUCAUCCACAUCCCCUUCCCUCCACACCCACUUCCCCCACCCCCCUCCCUCUCCCCUCCCUCCCCUCCCUCUCCCCUCCCUCCCCUCCCUCUCCCCUCCCUCCCCUCCCUCUCCCCUCCCUCCCCUCCCUCUCCCCUCCCUCCCCUCCCUCUCCCCUCCCUCCCCUCCCUCUCCCCUCCCUCCCCUCCCUCUCCCCUCCAUCCCCUCCCUCUCCCCUCCCUCCCCUCCCUCUCCCUCCCUCCCCUCCCUCUCCCCUCCAUCCCCUCCCUCUCCCCUCCCUCCCCACCCUCUCCCCUCCCUCCCCUCCCUCUCCCCUCCCUCCCCUCCCUCUCCCCUCCCUCCCCUCCCUCUCCCCUCCCUCCCCUCCCUCUCCCCUCCCUCCCCUCCCUCUCCCCUCCCUCCCCUCCCUCUCCCCUCCCUCGCCUCCCUCUCCCCUCCCUCCCCUCCCUCUCCCCUCCCUCCCCUCCCUCCCCCCUCCCUCCCCCCCCUCUGCACCCGCCAGGCGCAGGCGCUACUGGAAGCGGGGCGGUACGCACGGUGAGCAGGUGGGGGGAGAGGGGAGGGGAGAGGGGGGAAAGAGGGGGGGGUGGGGGGGAGGGGAAGGGAGAGGGGGAGGGAAGGGGGGAGGAUGGGUGGAUGGGAUGGGUACGCAUCUCCCUCCAUUUCUCCCACCCCCCCUCCUGCAUAUGUGUCAACCUCCAUGGACCAUCACCAGUGUGUCACCCGUGGUCCCCUCAGCCUCCCCCUCCACUUAA